AUGGGGAUCCACCCCACCCCUGGCUUCCGGAGAAGCACAUCAGCUGGGUACCGGCUGCCCUCAACCAGGCUGUCAGCCUUAGACUCCUCCACGGCCCGGGAUGGCCCUGUGGUGGGCAGGGGUCUCGCCGGCAAUCGCCAAACCCCCCAGGCCCCAGAAGCAGAGCACUUGGCCCUGGGAACUAAUGGUGUGCAGCAGGACCAGCUGUGGAGGCAGCUCUUGGAGGCCGAGAGGAGGGGCCAACAGCGCUGGGCUCAGCACUGGAGUUUCCUGAAAGACUAUGACCCCCUGGGCAACAAGAAGGAGCCUGUGCAGCUGCUGGAGAAUAUGCCUCUCUUCUCUGACACGGUCCCCAACUCCACGAACCAGGUGGUGGGCAGCAGGGUGGACACGCCCCUGGGGCAAACCCUCAUCGGCAUGGACUUCUUCUUUGUGGACGGAGUCCGGAAGAAGAAGCUGGAAGCCGAGCUGCAGCCCGCGUAG